AUGAUGACGUGCCGUCUGCUGUGCGCCCUGUUGGUGCUUGCCCUGUGCUGCUGCCCGUCCGUGUGCGUGACAGGGACUGGUGAAGAACAAGAUGGGGUCAACGGUUCAACGGCUGCUCAGCCACUGGCACCGAUUUCCGGGGGCGAUGGGACAGAGUCGCAAAGUACGUCCAGUACUGGACAGACACAAAGUGUGAACCCCACAUCACAAGGAUCAAGUGCGGGAACCGGUGUGCCAGGGAGUCCAGAUACACCAAGUCCGGGGUCUAUUCCAAGACAGGAACAGGCAAUAAGUGGGGCGACUGGUCGGUCAGGUUUACAAAUUUCGACCGGUGCGGAUCAGGCAAAAGGUGAGACCGAUCCGUUAAAUAAACCGGAUACGACCACGACGAAUACGACGAAUGCACCAGCCACAACAACGACAACCACGACGACGACCACUACAACAAAGGCACCAAGUACUACGACUACGGAGGCGCCAACUACCACCACAGAGGCGCCAACCACAACGAUCACCCGCGCACCGUCACGUCUUCGCGAAAUCGACGGCAGCGUCAGCAGCUCUGCGUGGGUGUGUGCCCCGCUGGUUCUUGCCGUAUCCGCGCUGGCGUACACCACUCUGGGCUGA